GAUAAACAUAUUGAUCACUCACUCUGUAUUUCUCUUUCUCUCUCUUCACACAACAAUCAAAAAUGGAAGCUUUGGGGCUAGGACUUCCGCUUUCAACUAGCGUCUCACAUCGAGACUGCAGUAGUAGUAAACUGAGUUGCACCACUCAAUUCGGUAGGACCUGUUUCAGUUUACCCAAGUUGCAGCAUCCAAUUUCCCAGAAAGGUCACAUUGGAUUUGGGGUACGGAUGCAAGCUGUAGAAGAAGAAUAUGAGCUGAAGCAAGUGAGAGACAUGGCUGCGGCUAGAAAGAGAUGGGAAGCUUUGAUCAGAGAGGAAAAAGUUAAAGUUCUUACACCAAGGGAAGCUGGUUAUGCCAUUCAACUGUCUAACAAGGCGUUGCUAGAUGUACGUCCAGCAACAGAGCAUGAGAAGGCAUGGGUGAAAGGAUCAACAUGGAUUCCCAUCUUUGACGUUGAUAAUAGAUUCGAUAUUGGAUCUCUUUCUGGAAAGAUAACAAAUUAUGUGAUGGGAGGUUGGUGGAGUGGUGUUCCUGUAUUGGCUUUUGAUAGUCAAUUUGUAUCAAAGGUUGAGGAAAAAUUCCCAAAAGAGGCAAAUCUUAUUGUUUCAUGCCAGAAGGGUCUUAGAUCUCUUGCGGCUUGUGAACUAUUGUACAAUGCUGGGUACAAAAACCUACUUUGGAUUCAAGGGGGACUCGAGGCUGCUGAAGAAGAGGAUCUCCAAAGAGAUGGGCCUCAGCCUUUUAAAUUUGCUGGGAUAGGUGGAGUUUCUGAAUUUCUUGGUUGGACUGACCAACAAAGGGCUGCAGCAGCAAAGGAAGGAUGGGGUUAUCAAUUGGUUUUCUCUGCUCGUCUGAUUGGAAUAUUUCUUGUUGCUGAUGCCUUGUAUAUUGGUGCUCAACAAUUUGGUCACUAUCUUCAAGAUAUAAAGACUCAUUGAAAUUAUUCCAUGUAGGACAUCGAAAGGUGUUUCGUCCAGCUGCUACUGUGCUGUCACAAUUUUGAAAUGUAGAUAAAACCACUCCAAUGCCCAUUUCACUAAUUUUUAUUUUUCAUAUUGAAAUUUUUCUAUCUCACAUCUUGUACUAUUUCAUUGUGAUUGCUUGAUUGAGGGAGCUUAUACCUUAAUGGCUUCAUUGUUUGCA